GGGUUGAAAUCAAGGCUACAAUUCCAACUUCAAAUUACACUUAAAUAGGCCAUCAGACUUCUUUCUUAAACUCUAUUUUGUAUUCCAAGUAAACCUUUCAAACUCAGUAACUAAUUGGUCCAUCAUGAUUAUGAACCAUCACCCCUCAACCAGACCAGAUGGUAUACUCAUUUUACAAUAUUUGUUUCACUAAAUAUACUAACCAGUCCUUCAAACGGUGAGCUUCUAUCAAAAUAGUCUGGAAGUGAUGGCAUCCUCUUCCUUCUACUCAUCCCACCACCAACGCCUCCUUUCCAUGACAAAACUCAUAACAUCCCACGUAAACCAAUCCCGCCACAAACAAGCUCUCUCAAUCUUCCACCACAUCCACACCACCUUACCCAUCCCCCUCGACCCACACGUCUUCACCCUCAUCCUCAAAUCCUGCACCGCCCUCCACCUCCCCCUCCUCGCCACCUCCAUCCACUCCCACCUCAUCAAAACCUCCUUCCUCACCUCCAACCACUUCCUCUCCUCCUCCCUCAUCAACUUCUACGGCCACUGCAUCUCCCUCAACUCCGCACGCAAACUGUUCGAGGAAACUCCUCAACCAAAUGUCGUCGUUUGGAACUCCAUCAUCGCACUCUACUCCCGUUCACAACACAUUACAUCUGCUAUUAAUCUCUUUCACCUCAUGAAUGUACCUCCCAAUGAAUCCACUUUCAACCCGAUUAUCGCCGCUUUAUCAUCUUCAUUAUCACCAAAUCAAAACAAUGCUUCGUUUCAAGCUGUGAACUUCUACCGGAAAAUGAUUGAGUUGAAACUAAAGCCAAGUUUGAUCACGCUUCUCGCCCUUCUACGCGCGUCUGUUUUGACUGCGGCUUUGAAUUUGAUUAAAGAGAUUCAUGGUUAUGGGAUAAGGAAUGAUAUUGAUUCAGAUCCUCAGUUGAGUAGUGGGUUGAUUGAAGCUUACGGUAGAUGUGGUUGUUUAACGAAUUCACGUAUAGUUUUUAUGAGGAUGAGGGAAUGCGAUAGAGAUGUAGUUGUUUGGAGUAGUUUGAUAUCUGCUUGUGCAUUGCAUGGGGAAGCUAGGGAAGCUUUGGAGAUUUUUCGAGAAAUGGAGGUUUCGGGUGUGAAGCCGGAUGGGAUUACUUUUCUUGGUGUUUUGAAAGCUUGUAGUCAUGCUGGGUUGGAUGACGAGGCGUUGGGUUGUUUCAUGAGGAUGGAUAGGGAUUAUGGCGUUGAGCCGAAUAGCGAGCAUUAUUCUUGUUUGGUUGAUGUUUUGAGUAGGGCGGGGAGAUUGUACGAAGCUUAUGAGGUUAUUAAAGGGAUGCCUGUGAAGGUGACUGCUAAGGCAUGGGGUGCUCUUCUUGGGGCUUGUAGGAAUUAUGGAGAGUUGGGGUUGGCUGAGAUUGCGGCCAGAGCUUUGGCUGAGAUUGAGCCGGAUAAUGCUGCGAAUUAUGUUCUGUUGGCUAAGAUUUAUGCUAGUGUUGGGAGACAGGAGGAGGCUGAUAGAAUGAUUAGGGGAAUGAAAGAGAAAGGAGUGAAGACUACGGGUGGUAGUAGCUGGGUUGUGUAUUCCGAGUCCCGGGAUUAACUGUGUUGGCUAAAUAUGAUUUUAAUUUGCAGUCAUGGCUGAGAUGCGGUUUUCAAAAUUGUUGUAAGUCGCUGACAAAUGUUGUUUGUGUGCCCCCGCAAUUGGAGUCUCAAAGUUCUCAAGAACUGUUGAUGUUUUGGCCACAUUGAUUGUUUUUUGCAGUGGAUGUGAAGGAAUGCAGAGAGAAAAUGUCGUGGCCAUGGAAACUAGCACGCCAACAAUUGUUUUUGCGGAUCAUAAUUUAAAAGAUAAAACUUACAUACAGUAUUAUAGUUCUUGUUCUAAACUAAAAAGCACUAUUUUUAGGCAUAAAAAGUUUGGACAAUUAUGAGCACUGAGUAGCUAUGAGUGUUUAUUGUCAAGUUUAGUAGAGAACAACACCUAAGACUGAAGUGUUGUGUUUUGAAUGGAGGGGCAGAGGAUUGAACUUGAAAGCUUAUUGGUGAUUCGGGUCCCUUUGGAGAGGAUGAGGUUGACUUGUAGCUAACAGAGGCAGUAUAUGACCAAAGUCACUCUCAAUCUCACCGAGUUUAGGGAAAUGGAGAAUCAAGAAUGUGUUGAAACGUUUGAGAAAGUCACAUGGAAAAUUGAAAACUUCUCUCGCGUGAAAGCAAAAGAGAUUUAUUUGGAGCCUUUUGUACUUGGCGGGUAUCCAUGGAGAAUUAUUCCGUAUCCCCUGGGGAACAAUGUUGACGACAAUUACAGAAGAAUCUAACAAGGAGUUAUGUUCUGUUGGCUAAGAUUUAUGCUAGUGUGGGGAGACAGAAGGAGGCCGAUAGAAUGAUUAGGGAAAUGAAAGAGAAAGGAGUGGGACAAGGGGUGGUAGUAGCUGGUUGUGUAUUCCGAGUAUUGAGAUUAACUGUGUUUGUCAAACAUGAUUUUAAUUUGCAGUCAUGGUUGAGAUCCGGUUCUUAAAAUUGUUGUAAAUCGCAGACAAAUGUUGUUUGUGUGCCGCAAUUGGAGUUGCAAAGAUCUCAUGAACCAUUGAAGUUUUGGCCAUAGUGAUUAUUUUUUCGAGUGGAUGUGUGGACAUGAGAUAGUUUUGAAGCUACUACUCUGAGCUUCUAAAGGAAUGCAGAGCAAAAAUGUCAUGGCUAUGGAAACUAGCAUGCCACAAACUGUUUUUCGAUUGAGAUAGUCGGUGAAGUAUUGUGUCGGUGAAGUGUUGUGUUUUGAAUGGAGGGAUAGAGGAUUGAACUUGAAAGGAUAUUGGUGAUUCGGGUCUCUUUGGAGAGGAUGAGGUUGACUUGUAGCUAACAGAGGCAGGUUCGAUUUGGCACUUGCACUUUUUGUUAAGGUCAUUUGAAUUUUGCGGUUCUAACACUUGACAUGACUUUGCUGUUUUAAGAUUUCAUCCCUCAUGUAUUGAUUGAUAUUUCUCAUGUAAUUUGUUUGAUUUUAAUGUAUGGUAGAUUUGAAUAA